ACAAGAAACACUAGAUUCAAGUCAAACUCCGUUCUUGUCACUCUCACAAGUCUAAAGUCUAAACCCCUCCCUCUCCAAACCCUCUCUCUCUCUCUCUUGUCUGUGUCAUCAAUGGCGGAAUGCGAAUCGUACCACGAAACCCACCUCCUUCCUCAAGCAAUUCCGAAAGAGACAGCCCUCCAGGCCAUAAACACCAUAGUCCAGCUCCAUUUCGAGAAGACCCUGGAGAAGAAGCGCUCCAUAGACCUCCAAAAGAAGGAGCUCCACAAGCUCUUCCAGCUUUUCUUCAUCUUCUUGGGUCUCAUUUUCCUUGCACAGGCUCAGUCCCCUCGCCUCCAGUGCCGCCAUUGCUGGAUCCCCAUCACUUUCCUCUCCCUCUCCCACCUCAUCUUCUACGUCUCCGUGGCCCAGACCCUCAAGUGCAUCAACGGGUUCAAGUACCAGAGGCGCUGCCACAAGCUGACUCUUGGAAUGGCCACCGAGAAGCUCAGGGAGAUGAAGGUGAAAAUGAGUGCCACUGGUGGCGAGCACUUCGAUGGGGCUUGCGACGGUGACUUUGAGAUUCAUUACCAGGAGCCUCCGGAGAGUUACUUUGGUAAGUUUAAGAGGAGCUGGGCUUUGCAUUUUGGGUUCUUGAUGUUGAUCUAUGGUUUUAUGGUCUCAUCCUCUGUUGUCGUCCUUUGUUUUUAGCUGUUCUCUCCUUUGUCUUUAGGAAAUUUCUCAGAUUGGAUUCAAUUUCAAUUUCAAUGCUGCUUCAUUUUCUUAGCAGCUGGGUUUGACUGAAUCUAUUAGCUACCUGUGUAAGGAUUUUUAAAAACAGAAGGUUGAUUGAAUCAGCUGCAUAAAUUCAAACUUCUUCAACUGGAGAACUGUUUGAUAGUGAGUUGAUAGUUGAUUGGAUGGUAUAUGAAUCAUUAAGGAGAUUGAUGCUUCCU